AUGCGCAGUCGCUCUUUGAAAACACCCAGCUCAACACAAGCAGUUGUGAUCAGUGUGAGAGUUAUCUCCAGCGUCACGAUGAGCUGGGCCUUCAGCACUCUGGCCGUCGGGCUGCUCACUCUUCUGCUCGUUCAGAGGAAGUUUUGCCCCUACUUCUGGGGCGACUUGCUGUAUUACACGAGAGUUCGGCGCGUGGGGCGCGCGAUGAUGGCGAGGAUGAAGCGCGGAGUCGUCACGUAUCUUCAGUGCUUCGAGCUACAAGCCAGAAACAUCCCAGAGAAACCCUUCGUGGUGUUCGAGGAGCAGACCCUCACGUACAGGGACGUGGACGCGCGGAGCAACAGAUUGGCGAACGUGUUGCGGUCUCAGUGCGGUGUGAAGCAGGGCGAUGUCGUGGCGCUGCUGAUGAACAACGAGCCGGACUUCAUCUGCGUCUGGUUCGGACUCUCGAAACUGGGCUGCGAGGUCGCGUUCCUCAACUUCAACAUCAAAGCCCAGUCUCUGCGCCACUGCUUGCGCAGCUGUGGAGCUAAAGCGCUCGUCAUUGGCCCAGACUUGAUCGGGUGUGUGGACGAGGCGCUGCUGGACGCUGGGCUGGAGGUUUGGGUGGCAGCAGAGAGCUCCACACACCCGAGCGUCGGGACACUGCUGGACAAGCUGGAAUCAGCCUCUCCAGAGAAGCCCAUGACAGACGCCCCUCAGCCCAACCUCAUGUCCAACUUCCUGUUCAUCUUCACCUCGGGCACCACAGGCCUGCCCAAGGCUGCUCGGAUCAGUCACAUCAAAGCGGUGAUGUGCAUGGCCUUCCUGCGUCUGUGUGGCGCUGGCGCCCAUGACCGAGUCUAUCUGACGCUGCCGCUCUAUCACAUGUCUGCGUCUCUGCUCGGCAUCGGCGGCUGCAUCGAGCUCGGGGCCACGUGUGUUCUGAAGAGGAAGUUCUCUGCCAGCCAGUUUUGGAAGGACUGUGUGAAGUAUGACAUUACUGUGUUUCAGUAUAUUGGAGAACUCUGUCGAUAUCUGGUCAAUCAACCAAAGACUGCAGAGGAAGUGGCUCAUAAAGUGCGCCUCGCCGCAGGAAGUGGUCUCAGAGCUGAUGUUUGGAAGCAGUUUCUCAGGCGUUUUGGAAAAAUACAAAUUCGUGAAGCGUAUGGUUUAACGGAGGCCAGUAUUGGCUUUGUUAAUUACACUGAUGAAAUUGGACCGAUUGGGCGAGCCAGUUAUUUCAAUAAGCUCAGUUUGCCGUUUGAGUUUUUAAAAUGUGAUCCACAAACAUAUGAUCCCAUCCGGACAGACACAGGACACUGCAUUAAAGUGAGUAAAGGGGAAGCAGGGUUACUGGUGGCUCCAGUGAUGUUCACCAACCCUUUCCUGGGAUACGCGGGCGAUAAAGCCAUGUCAGAGAAGAAGCUGCUGAGGGACGUCUUCAAGAGCGGAGAUGUGUACUUCAACACCGGAGAUCUGAUGCUUCAGGACCACAGAGACUUCGUCUACUUCAAAGACAGGAUUGGAGACACAUUCAGGUGGAAAGGAGAAAACGUGUCCACCACGGAGGUGUCUGAGGUGCUGGGGUGUCUGGACUUCCUGCUGGACGUCAGUGUGUACGGGGUCACUGUCCCAGGAUACGAGGGUCGAGCAGGGAUGGCUGCUGUGGUGUUGAAGGACGGUCAUGGAUUGGAUGGAGAGAGGUUCUACAGUCAUCUUCUCCACACUCUUCCUCCGUACGCAUGGCCAUGUUUUCUGAGAGUGCAGACUUCCUUAGACGUGACGGAUACGUUCAAGCAGCAGAAGGGCAGACUGGUGCAGCAGGGCUUCAGUCCGGAUACAGUCCAGCAGCCGCUCUUCUUCCUGGACGCUUCGAGGAAAACCUACAUGCCCCUCACUGCACAGCUGUAUGACCACAUCGUUUCAGGCAAGAUCAGACUUUAGAUGCAUUGUGGGAAAUGCAGUGGAAAGUGUCCACAUCACCAGAUGGCUACAGUGAUCCUUGUAUUCGUGUACUUCACAAAUGUAUGUGGCAUUUCAGGGCUGGUGUGUUUUAGUGUGUUAGUCUCUAUGGGCCACUGAGCACACAAAUAAACUGGAAUGACUUUGUUAGGAUUUCUUAACAUUGAUACAGAGAAGAACUAUUGCAACCAAUGCACUCUUAACCACUUCACUCAGUGUGUAACUUUUCCCUCCUCUUUUUAUUAACUGUAAAGUUUUUAUAUUUAUUUUUAAGAGUAGAGAAAUGUCUUUAAUAAUGUUACAUAGGUUAAAUAAUCAAAUACAAACACUUUUCUUCAUCUAAAA